AAUUUUGUAUUGUUUAAUUCUGUGGUGACGUGCUGAUGUGAUCAAGUGCACGAACGAACAGUGAAUAGUGUACUUUUAGGUUGUGGAAGACCGGAAAAGUUGUAAAUAAAUAUGGUUGAUAAUAAACCCCCAGAAGGUGCAGAGAAAACGGAAAGUAAAAAAGCUUUAAAAAAAGAAGCGAAAAAGGCAGAAAAAGCUCAAAAGAAGGCCGAACAUAAAGGAUCAAAUCAAAAAGAAAAUGUAGCGGUAGAAGAGGAUGUUUCAGCAGGGAAAUAUGGGAAUUUACCGCUAAUUCAAUCGGAUCCUAGUUCAAUUCAACGUACUUUUACUUAUAUAAAAGACUUGAAUAAGUCAUUGGCUGGCAAUACAGUAUGGGUUCGAGCAAGAUUACACACUCAAAGGGCUAGAGGUAAACAGUGUUUCAUUGUACUGCGUCAGAGAGAAUUUACCGUCCAAGCACUUGUUAAUGUAUCAGACACUGUGUCUAAAUUUAUGGUGAAAUUUUCCAGCAGUAUUUCAAAGGAAAGUAUUGUGGAUUUGGAAGCCAAAGUAGCGGAAGUUCCAAGUGGUGUUGCAGGAUGUAGCCAGAGUGACGUUGAACUGGUAGUUUCCCAAAUAUGGGUAGUUUCAGCAUCUGCUCCUCAAUUACCUCUCCAAAUUGAAGAUGCUAGUAGGCCAGAGAAAGAAGAUGAAGAGGGACUAAAUAUUCGUGUAAAUCAGGAUACAAGACUUGACAACAGAAUCCUGGACUUGCGAACUCCUACUAAUCAAGCUUUAUUUAGAUUGGAGGCAGGCGUUUGUCGCCUAUUUCGUGAUAUAUUAACAAAAAAAGGAUUCGUUGAAUUUCAUUCACCAAAGAUUAUUCCAGCAGCAUCCGAGGGAGGGGCUAAUGUAUUUACCGUCAGUUAUUUCAAAGGAUCGGCAUAUUUGGCACAAAGUCCACAGUUGUACAAACAGAUGGCUAUCGCAGCCGAUUUUGAAAAAGUUUUCACUGUGGGUGCCGUUUUUAGAGCGGAAGAUUCUAACACCCACAGGCAUUUGACCGAAUUCACGGGUUUAGAUUUAGAAAUGGCUUUCCAGUACCAUUACCAUGAAGUUAUGCUUACCAUCGGCAAUCUAUUCACGGAAAUUUUUAAAGGAUUACGUGAUCAGUACAGUACUGAAAUCAAUCUGGUUGGCCAACAGUAUCCUGCCGAACCAUUUACCUUCUUGGACCCACCAUUAGUCUUGCAGUAUCCCCAAGCUCGGAAGAUGCUCGCUGAAGCAGGCGUUGAAAUUGGGGAGGAAGAGGACUUAAACACUCCUGCGGAGAAACUAUUAGGUCGUCUGAUCAAGGCCAAAUACGAUACCGAUUUUUAUAUCCUUGACAAGUACCCCUUGGCCGUAAGACCGUUUUAUACCAUGCCUGAUCCGCAGAAUCCCUCCAUUUCUAAUUCUUACGAUAUGUUUAUGAGAGGCGAGGAAAUUCUUAGCGGGGCUCAACGUAUACACGAUCCGGUGUUUCUUACGGAGAGGGCCAAGCAUCACGGAAUAGAUGUUUCUAAGAUAGCUUCGUACAUAGACUCCUUCAAAUAUGGCUGUCCCCCUCACGCUGGAGGUGGCAUAGGGCUAGAGAGGGUAGUUAUGUUGUACUUGGGACUGGACAACAUCAGAAAGACCUCGAUGUUCCCACGUGAUCCGAAACGUGUGACACCUUAAAUGAUGGCCAUGUAUCAACUUGUAAUGUUUUUAACUAACCAUUUUAUUGUUUUUGAGUGAAGUAUUUGAUUUACCAAUUUUGUAUUCUUAUACAAGUGUGAAAUGUUAAUAAAAAGUUUGAAGAGUAAGUAAACAUUGUGGGGAAAUU